CAUCAAUAGAAGAGGCCUCAUACAAGCCCCAGCGGGGUAGAGUUUGGGUUCCCCACUUUGUGCCGGAACUCCAACCUCAUGUUGCACGUCGUUGCUGCUUCAGGUCUAUUGUCCUAACACCUGUCCUGGUAAUUCUGUCGAUUCCUCCGAUAGACAUUUUAAAUCGAAAUCCUAGAAUAUCAAUCGUGAUGGCUUCCCUGAAAGGUCCUGGCGCUGCUCAGACACAUGAUGGCUCUGGGCUACGAAUUGCAAUUGUGCAUGCGAGGUGGAAUAUGGCAAUAAUUGGUCCACUCGUCGAGGGGGCUAAGCGGAGCCUCCUGUCAGCCGGGGUUGCUGAGGAUAAUAUAACAACGCACACAGUUCCAGGCAGUUAUGAGCUACCAUUUGCCGUUCAGCGGAUCUAUGCGGCUUCCCAAAUUGAAGCUGCCAAGGGUCCAGCCUCAGCUCAGGGCAUCAGUGCCACUGAUUUGCUCUCCUCCUCUACAGCCGACCUUACGAAAGCGUCUGCGCAGUCACCAGCGCCCGAUGCACCCAAGCCUUUUGAUGCUAUUAUUGCGGUAGGCGUGCUAAUCAAGGGGGAGACCAUGCAUUUUGAAUACAUCGCCGAGUCCGUCUCUCACGGAUUGAUGCGUGUUCAGCUCGACACUGGCGUGCCGGUUAUCUUUGGUCUGCUUACUGUUUUAAAUGAAGAACAAGGCUUAGAGAGGGCAGGGCUGGGUAAGAAGGGAAUGCACAACCAUGGGGAGGACUGGGGAAAUGCUGCGGUAGAACUCGGAGCCAAGAGGAGAGAGUGGGCCGAGGGCAGGGUUGUUUAGUAGGUGGUACGCCGGCAGGUGUUAAAUACUUUGGCUCGUUUGGUGAUUGUUGAUUUAUUUGUCGACUGGCUUUUAAAGUGAGGAUAGGCAAUUGCACGCGUCAUAGAUUGAGAAGCGGAAGUGGGGACCAAGGAGUAGGUGCGAUGUAGCAUACAUUUGUUUACUGAUUAUCAAACCAAGGAGCCCGCAGGAGAAGAUAAACGCGAUCUGAAGAAUGUUUCCGCGACCGAGUCCCAGGUGCAGAUAAUGGCCCCGCAACUUCACUCUUCCAUCCGUUCAGUCUCGUUCGAAUUGCCCUUUGUUGCAUCCUC